AGCGGCUGAAUCGUAAAUGUGGAGUCUGAACGAGUGUCUCAAAGUCAGAUCUGUUCUCACAGUCAGACUUUCAGCAUCAUUUAAACCUUAAUUUAAUCUCUUGUAGUCAGGUUUUAAAGUCAGGUUCAGGUAUUCAGAGACCAUCGUCCUCACACAGUUACAACAAUCCACGUGUUGUUCAGGAACAAGGAAAUGGCUGCUGGAUCUGAGUCGCUCUGCUCGACUUUGCUGUUUGUCGGCCUCUUUGUGUUUGUGUCUGCAGACCAGGAAACCAUCACAGCUGAGUCUGGACAGAACGUCACUCUGACAUGUCGAGCUCCAAAUCACAGCAUCGACAUUGUAGAGUGGAGCAGAGCUGACCUGAAGUCACAGCGUGUCUUUGUAUGCUGGGAUGGUCAGGUUCUUCCAGAAGAGCAGCAUCCAUCCUUCAAGAACCGGGUGGAUCUGCAGGACAGACAGAUGAAGGAUGGAGACGUGUCUGUGAUUCUGAAGAAUGUGACGUUUAAUGAUGAGGGAACAUAUCGGUGUCGUGUCCAGAGAGAGGAUGACAGUGUGAAGCUCCUCAGCAUCAUCUACCUGAGAGUUGUUGCUCCUCCAGGUCCAGGAGGAGACACAGGGGAUGGAGGAUCUGUUGGACUGAUCGUUGGUCUGUCAGUUGCUGCUGUGCUUCUUGUUGCUCCUGCUGUUUUUGUGAUCUAUAGAAAGCAGUUCGAUUCAUGGGAGCUUCGUAGCUCGGAAUUUGGAUUCCAUGGCAAAAUGACCAUGGUGAGCUAUGUGCAGAAGAAGGGAAAGGCUGUUGUCCUACUGAGCACCAUGCAUGAUGACAAAUCAGUGGAUAACAGCAGUCAGAAGAAGAAACCCGAAGUGAUCCAGUACUACAAUAAAACGAAAGGAGGAGUGGACACAGUGGUUCACAUGGUUAGCAGCUACACAUGUUUGUGGAGAACAAGGAAGUGGCCCAUGGUUCUCUGGUACAAUAUGCUGGAUGUUGCCACACUCAAUGUCUACACCAACUUCAGUGCACAACGCCCUGAUCAUAUGAGUGGUGCGAGUAAUGCAUGA